AUGUCGUCGGAGCGUGGGUCUAGUAGCAGCAACAGCAACGGAGCCCCUCGCAAAAGGCGCUCGGACACGGAAACAGGAGAAGGUACCUCGUCAUCGUCGCAACGAGGAAUAGUCUCGGUCCCGCGAACGAACUUGAAGAUUCCCAAAACGAUGUCCACCAGCCUAAAAAGCGCUGGACCCAAGGGUGACAACUUGUACGAGUGGGCAUCCACGAUCUUAGGACCAACUGGUUCUGUCUACGAAGGUGGUGUGUUUUUCCUGGAUAUCAAUUUCUCCACAGAAUACCCCUUCAAACCCCCAAAGGUUGUGUUCAAGACAAGAAUAUAUCAUUGCAAUAUCAACAGCCAAGGUGCCAUCUGCCUAGACAUCCUGAAAGACAACUGGAGUCCUGCGCUGACAAUCUCCAAAGUCUUGCUUUCUGUCUGUUCUCUGCUCACCGACUGCAAUCCAGCUGACCCCUUGGUCAGCAGCAUCGCCACCCAGUAUGUGAACAAUCGCCAGGAGCAUGACCGCGUGGCUCGCAUGUGGACAAAGAGAUAUGCUGCUGGCUUCAACAGCUAG